AUGUCUUUGUCUGAGAGACCUAAGAUUGUCCCUACUCCGGAGACUGAUCCAAUGAUGAGACCACGAUCACCUCGCCCUCAUCUGGAAACUUCCAAAGACCACCAACCAAGACUGCGACCCACAACAAAGAUAUUGCCAGUAACAGAACCUCGACUAUUCAACUACUACGUCUUUGCAGACAUGGCAGACCAACUUCACGAGAUAAUUGAAGCUGGCGGGACCCUAGACGACUCAGACUCAGAAGCUGACUCAGAUUACGAAUUACCACCCCAAACAUACCAUAGAGAAGGCAACGAGCUACCCAAAGAUAGGAUCCGCUGGUACAAUGAAGAAGUCCAACGAGCCGCCAGAGAAAUUGAAUGGGGAGACUUGGAUACAGUGCAUGAGAAUGACAAUCUAUUCGGUCUCAUGGCAUUGCCUCCUUCAGAGUCCGAGCCGGAAUUGGAUCCUGAUCUAGACUCACCGUCGCGACAACUCAAGGAAGAGUUGUCGCAAAUGUCGCAGUCAGAGGGGCCUCGGAUUAUCAGGGAAUAUGAAGAAGAACAGGAGGAUUAUCUUCUGCCUAAUAUGCCAACUCAUGAUGAAGUCUUGCUGUUUAUCGCCAAUGGUCCUGCAAUCGACUCCAACAAUCCGCAUGUUGACGAUUCAAGUACACAAAGACCAGAUGCACAACUAGAUGCGCAGCCAGUUGCACAACCAGGGACACGGAAACGUAAGCGUGUUGUGGCAGUGGAAAUACCACCGCGGCGAAAGCGAUGA